AUGACGCUGCACAUUUCUUCCGUGUUUUUCUGGGUGGAUGCUAUGACCGUACUUUGUUGGAUCCACGCCAAUCAUCGCCGCUACAACGUCUUCGUCGCCAAUAGAAUUUCAGAAAUCCUCGAUUCAACUACCCUGCAGCAGUGGCGCCAUGUUUCAGGCAUCCUAAACCCGGCUGAUGAAUGCAGCCGUGGCCUCUGCCCGUCCGAGCUCGACCCACAUCAUCGUUGGUACCGCGGACCGGAGUUUCUUGCUCUGCCACCCGAACAUUGGCCAGCCCAGUUGCCGGAUAGUGACUUAUGCGACGCCGAAAAAGACUCUAUCGCCUGCCUAGUUGUCGUCGUUUCUAGCGGACCGCUAGACUAUUUUGCCGCACGUAUCGACAAUCUGCACCGUUUCGUACGCAUUGUCGCCUGGAUUGGGAGAUUUAUCAUCAACGCGCGAAUCCUCGUAAAUCGAAGACGGACCGAGCGAGAGAAAGAGAUCUUUGAUCUGAUUGAUGAGUACUUUCUGACCAUCAUGCCACAGAAGUUCCUUCAGCCAUGUCUCUAA